CAAGGUUAGUGCAGCUAGAUUGUGCCUGUGAUGGGGAGAGGGAAGAAGAGGUCGGUGUUUGCGUUCUUGUUCGGGUUCAAGAGCAACGGUGAUGGCGACGGUGGAAGGCGGGAUGAGGCGGCGGCGAGGGAGCAGCAGGGGUACUACGGCCACCAGCAGCAUCCAUGGGGGAGGACGACGACGAAGACGAAGGUGUGGCCGAGCGACUACGAUGACGACAACUACUACGGGCGGCAGUGGUACGCCGAGCGUGACAUCGACCGGAGGGCCUCCGAGUUCAUCGAUAGGGUGCACCGCGGGAUGCUCGCCGGCGCCGGCGGCGAGUAAGACGGAUAGCUGGCCGGCUGGCCGGCGUGCUUAGUCCUACAUGAUUGUUCUUAAUUUGAUUAAUCUAGCUAGUGUGGAAUGCCACACAUUAUUAGCGUCAGAUGAUUGCACGUUUGUUUACUGUCAAGCUUGGAUUGUUUUUUUUGUUGUUACUGUAGUAGUGUUGUACACUUGUUCUAUAGGAAAGUAUCAUUGGUAAGAUUUUUGAGUAACUGUAAUUUUUGUGAGAUUGUAAUAUAAAGAAGGUAUAUAUCGAGUUGAGUUCUGUUUAUCGAGUAAGCAUCUCCACUCCAUCUGUAUUUUAAUGUUGUGUUUACCAUACUUCCAGCUUAUGUAGGCCUUAAA